UCAGCCUUCGCCAGUCGCCUGUAUAGACUGAGCAGGGAUGUCAAAAUUGUUGUUAAAUUCAUCAUAAAAAUCUUCAUCCUCUUCAUCAUGUCUAAAAUCCUUCCCCCACAACAUUCUUCCCAUGUGAAAUCUAACUUGUUAUCAAAGGCAAAAAGCUUCACAGUCACAGAUCACCCCACCACCCUCAUCUCCACCAUUUCCACAUAUACUAACACCACUGCCGACCCAGCUGUUGCCUUCAUCAAUGGCCUGCUCGACCGGAUACCCUUGCCUCGAUGGGCGAUCUACACCAUCUUUGCAGCUGGCGGUCUGCUGAUUUUGCUCUGCUGCCUGUGUGUCUGCAUCAAGUGCUGCUGCAAAGGAAAGAAGAAAAAGAAGAAGAACGAGCAGAUUGAUCUGAAGGCGGUGAAUGGAAAAACAACCACAGCCCUGGUUCAGCCAGAUGUGGCAGAUGUUGAUUAUGGCUCAACCAAAAAGCAGAGAGGAAAGCUGCUCUACUCUCUGGAAUAUGAUGGGCCUCUGUCUGAGCUCAAACUGGGGAUCAAACAAGCCAGCAGCCUGAUGGCCAUGGACCUCGGAGGAACCUCAGACCCAUAUGUCAGAGUCUACAUCCUCCCCGAAAAGAGCAAAACCUAUGAAACCAAAGUGUUCAGGAGCACGCUGAACCCUGUCUUCAACGAGCAGUUCACCUUCCAGCUACCAAAGUCUACCCUCAUGAAGUCGACAGCUGUGAUGAAAGUGUUUGACUUUAACCGGUUUUCCAAACACGAAAUCAUCGGCGAGAUCCGGGUGCAGCUCUGCAAUGUUGAUUGGAAUCACAUCAUCGAGGAGUGGCAGGAGCUGGAAGCACCCGCCAAAUUUGAGGAAGAAAAUCUAGGAGAGAUCUGCUUCUCCCUGCGCUAUGUUCCCUCUGCCAGCAAGCUGACUGUGGUAAUCCUGGAGGCCAAAAAUCUGAAGAGCAUGGAUGUUGGAGGAUCCUCAGAUCCUUAUGUGAAGAUGCAGCUAGCUCUGGACAAAAGGAAGUGGAAGAAAAAGAAGACGUCUAUCAAAAAGAAGACGCUGAACCCUUAUUUCAACGAAUCGUUCGUCUUUGACGUGUCACUGGAUCAAAUCCAGAGGGUGAAUCUGGUGGUCUCGGUGUGGGACCAUGACGCCGUGACCAGGAAUGAUCCGAUAGGGAAGAUCUACCUGGGCUGCGAUGCCACAGGGAACCAACUAAGGCACUGGGCCGACAUGUUGUCCAACCCGCGACGGCCGGUGGCUCAGUGGCACAGCCUGCUGUCGGCCGAGCAGGUCAACUCCACUCUAACCCUGAAAAAGAAAAUCCCCAUCCCCAGCAAAAUGAAGGAAAGCGCUCAGCAGUGGUACCCUAAAUGA